CUAAUGCUGGAUUGCAUUCAGCCGCAGCGUAAUGGUGAAGGAUGUCCUUUAAAUGAAACUUACGUUCCAUACCAUCCUUCAAUUGAAGUUGAGAGAAUGGAUAAAAAUUGUCAAAAUAUUGCUAAUAGGUACAUUGAAAUUGAACUUCAUUUGGCUAAUUAGAUUGAGGAAAGCGAGUGGAAUGUAACAGAAUUACCUAUAAUUCAGUUUUUUUUUAUGUUCAGAAUAUUCAAGUAGUGUUUUGAGAAACAGAAUGAAAUUUCAUUUGAAAGAAAGAUUGUAACUUUAGAGAGAUAAUUAGUAAAGUACUUGAAAUGUAACAGAAGAAUGACGAAUUAAAAUGUUUUAUACUUGGAUAGUUCCUACCCGUGCUAUAUGUAUUGCAGUUGUUCUGGGUAGAACAAAAAAAAAGUGAUAUAUGGAUAUGUGUAUUGAUGCUCCUAAAAUGUGUCCAACACAUCAUCCAAUUAACUUGUCAGUUUCUCUUCAAUUUUUGAUGAGCAUUAAGGCUCAGAAUAUCAAUAUAACAGUAUAUUAAAUAAGCGAAGUCUAGUAGUUUGUAGCUUUUAAUAUGUUAAACACAUUUAUUUAUGUUUUUUGUAAAGAAUUAUGUGCACUUGAUAUUCAUUGCAUAAUAAUUCAUAGUAAAAAUAUUAUGCUUAAAGUCAGUUGAAGAGUGAAAGAUUUUGCAUCUUGUGGUGCUGUAGCUUUAUUCAAGAAGUUUUAUUGCUAUCUAAAAGUUGCCUUAUGUAUUGAUGCACAAGUGCAAUUCAUAAGGUACAAUGUUGUGAAUCAAACAUGUGAACAUUAUAGAAAAAGUGAAUAAUGCUGUGUAGAUGAAUAUAAUAUUGAUUUGUGUGUGCUUAUAGCAAAUGAAGUUCAUUAGUUAAUUAAUUUUACUCAUUGAGGUGUACAUAAUUUUUCUUCAGAAUUUGAGAAGUGCAGUAUUGUUGUACUGUCAAGAGAUGCUAAUAUAUUUUAAUAAGAUAUGAAAAAGCAUUAAUAUAUGCUUCAUUGUUACUUAUUACUAUUUAAGUAUGAAAACGAAUUACAUUUCAAGUGAAAUUGUACGUUAUAAUGUAGUUCUUUGGUAUGCCCUAUAGUUCAAUUUAUUGCAAGAGAAUAUUUAUAUUUUAUUGAUCAUAUAAUUUUUGUAUUCUGAAAAAUGCCUGCUAUUGCUGUUAGAAUAGUUUUCAUUAAUUAGAUAUAAUUUUAAUAAUUGUUGACAUGUUUUUUAUAUAUUUUGCACAAGGAUUUUUCCUUGCAUUAGUUUUCCUUUCAUUUUCCUUUUGUACUUAAGUUGUGCCUGUGUUUAAGCAAGUGUGUGAAGUGGUUUUCAUGAAUUGAUUAAACCAUUUAGAACAUUUACUUUCUAUGUUAAAUACAUUCAUAUUAAGAGUAUGCAGGUAUUGCUUUUUAUAUGUGUACAUAUAUUGUAACACUGACAACAAAUAUCACAAGUGUCUUCCAUAUUGGGUUAAAUUGAUAUAAUUGUAUGUCUUAGAAUUUCUUUGUGGCCAACAAAAUAGCCAUUUAAUUUUAGUUUCCUCUAUCAGUUGAUUUUUACAGAUCACUCAGCUUUGAAGCAAAUUUUCAGAUUUCAUCCGAAGUUUCAUUACAGGAUUUACUUUUAAACAUAUUAAAGCAAAAUGGUUGUUGUUGAUUUGUGUCAAAUCCUAUUGGUUAAGUCUUUGAGUCACAUGCCUACUCUGCAACUCAUUCAUCUACUUCUCUAAUUCCGUAUCUUGUCAUAGAUCAUUGUUUAUAUAUAAGAGAAUAUGAAUUGAUUUUAGAUUUAAUGUUGUCAGAUAUUUGUUUAUUGAUUUUGAAAAUCUAUUAUUUUUCUAUUGUGAAGAUUUUUUUCAUGAAUUUUCAUGUAUAUCAUAAUUAUAUAUUAAUAAGUUGGCUUUAUUUAGAAGGCUUGUGUGAAUUUGAAAUUCAAAUUCAUAGAGUUAAUAUUUCCAGUGAAAAUCAAGCCCCUUUGUUGCAUGAAUUGCUGAAAGUUCACAGAUAAAAUGCGUUUCUGAAUGCUAAUGUGUAUCAAAUAAGCAAGCAGUUCAAAAUUGCCAACACAUGUUCGAUACUGCAGCGUUUUACAGAACUUGGAAUGUAUGUAAUUUGCUUCCAAUAAGCAUACUGCUUUGAUGUUCUUAUAUUUCUCAAUGUCAGACUAUCAACAUUUUUAAAAGUCUGAGUGCACAAUUAUUGCAUACUCAAAGGACAUAGUUGCUACUUUCCUUGUUAAUAUUUCUCUCUAGGGCAACUUGCUGUUUUAAUUUCAUUAGCUUCUAAACAUUUAUCACAAAAGGGUGCUAACAUCAGUUUUAAGGUGCUUUCUCACAAAGCAGUGAACAAACAAUAAUUGUUAAAUUUAAUUAACCCUCAGUGAUAAAAUUGUUAUCGUUCCUAUCAGAGCAGAUUGAUCUUUGAUAAAAUAUUCAGUAAGUUUGGUAGUCAAAUACAUUAGCAAAUAUAUUUGUAUUGUGUAAGCUCUGUGACUUGUCACUACAUUUACUCAAUCCAUUAACUGUUAAGUAUAACAUCGUGCAUACUUCAUGCGCAUGUGUUUAGGUCUGACUUGCUAAUCAGCAAAAUUCAUGUUGAGACAAAAUAUCAGGAUUAAAGACUGUUGAGAGGCAAGUUGCAAAUAAUUAUUUUAAUAUUAAAAUAGCAACGAAAAAAAUGUAUAGAUUAAAUGAUACUCUUGUUCAGAUUUUUAUUUUAAAAUCGUGCAUGAUCUGUAUAUAUAUGUAUGUGCAUGUGUGAGUGUGUUUGUCAUAGAAUGUUAUAUUGUGAUGUGUAGAAAUGUAAGAUUGAAAUUAUUAAAUGUUGUUAAUGAGAUACAUCUACACAAUGAUGCAGGAUUAUAGAAAAUGUCUAAUGAUACUGAAUUUACUUUCCAAGUAUGCUUUAAUUUGUUUUCAAUCUUAGUUGUUGUUUAAAAUGUUUAUUUUUAUCUGAUGGAAAAAUAACUUAACUGUCAGCCUGACAGUUAACUUGGAUUGCCCAAUUAAUAAUAUUAUGUAUUAAGAAUAUCAAUAUAUAGAUAUAUAUUUUACAACUAGUGAAUUAUGUUUCAUGAUUUUGAGAUUUAUGCCUCACAAAUUACAAAAAAUGUAUCCCAAAUGAAAUAUACAAUCAUAUUUAUUGUUGCAUACUUUUAUAUUAUUAUAUAUUCCUAGUUGUUCACAUCAUAAACAUAAUUAAAAAAUGUGUUGGUUUUGAAGUAUCUUGCCACAGUGUACUUUCAAAUUUACAAAUCUUCUGACUGGAAUGGAGAUAUCGUAGAUAUUCUCUUUCGCAUGGAAUUAAUAAAAAAUCUUGUCAGAGAUUAUAUACUUUCUUAUGAGAUCCAUUUGUGGAAGUAUUCAUUAUAUCAAUGUAUGUUUAUUCAUUACUUAGUCCAGUAAAACAUAUUCUAGUAUUUGUAGGUUAGUGAAUGUUCAUAAUGCAUGCUACAAAAUAUAUAAAAUUCUUAAAAAAAAUAAAAAAAAGCACGAAUACUGCAUAAGAAAGUAUCUUCUCUGACAUUGCAUUUCCAUUUGCAAUGGUUUCUUGCCCAUUUCUGAUACUAUGUUACAAACAAAAUCUGUAGGAUUCACUAAGUAUGAAUGAUUCAAGUUAAGAUAUGUAGUAAUUUUAAGGUGCAUUUACCCAUAAUUGUUUGAAUGUGCUGAAAUUGCCUACUCAUAUCAACCACUACAUUAAAUACUGAUGUAUCAAAACUGUGAUGUUAAUUCCCACUUUGUGAUGUGUUCAAGUUCAGUAUUUAUGCACAACACAAUCAGUGAGCAAUUGAAAGGCAGAAAACUCGUGAACCCAAAGACACAUUAGCUAGUCAUGAAGUCUGCUUGAACGCUUGGGAAUUCCAGAGUGUUUUGAAGUGUGUGUGAAAUGAUUGACAGAACAUGUAAGAAAAUGAAAUUUAAGAAUAUGUCCCCUAAAAAAGACUUCUGGAAAUACUUGAUUUUGUGUCUUGAUGAACAUCUACUGAACGAACGUUACUAGCGUGUUCUUAACUUGAAUCACAAGAGCAUGUAGUCAUUAAUUUUGUACUUCAUUAUGUGCUUCAGUAGUUUGUAGUUGUUUGUAAGUUGAAAAGAAAACAGAUAUUUUUAAUUUCAUUGUUUCAAAACUUCUGUUGACCAAUCGGAGGUCUUGAGAUUCAUCCUGAUGUAUGUUUCGACAUUUCUCUUAUAGCCUUGAUGUAUAAAGGCACAGUAAUGAACAUGUGCAAUAUUAUGUUAUUCUUUACCUAGUUAUAAUAUUAACAAUUUGUUAAUUACUAAAGAAAAUACCAUGUAAACUGUGUUUAGUGUGCGUGUUAAAUUUCAUAGUUUUUAUAAAUCUAGAUUGUUUCUACAGAAUAUGCGAAUAAAAUAUUAGAGAUAAAAAAUGCAGAAUAGCAAGAAGUAAUUAAAUGUCAUCAGCCCUUCCUAUUUGACGAAUUUAAAUUUUUCUUUUCAUAGGAUAAAUUUUUGUGAAAAUAAAUCUAGCGUUAAUUUUCACCUCAUUACUACUGAAAUGUAUUGCAAAGCCAUUUAUUUCAAAUACAAAAUAUUUAUGUUACGUUGUGUAUGAAACUAAAAUUUUUAAGUAACCUUUCAUUUAUUAAUAGUUAAUUGUAUAGUUUCCACUGAAGUUUUUUCUCAUCCUGAGGUCCAUUACACUGAUAUUACUUACCAAAAAUUUGUGAAAAAAAAAAAUGUUUGAGAAUACAUUUUUCCUUUUCAAUGUUAUUUCAAGUAAGAUUGCAAUAUACUUAUGAAGAUACCUGCAAAUCAAAUAUGGAAUUAAUUUUUGACUCUUAAAUUAAAUGUUAUCAAAAAAGUCAUAGUGAAAUGGCAAGAUAUUAUGUGAAGACACAAGAAAAGACGGGGAAGUGAGCUAGAAGUGGUGAACUUUUAGCAUAAUGCUGUGACAUGCAACAACCAGUGAAUAUCAAUUAAGCUCAUACUUUCUUUAUUUUCUAUUCUCAGGAAAUUUAUUUUGUGGCUCAUAUUUAAAGGCUUCUGAAAAACUAGUGGGAAUGCACAGGAUUCCAAAACGUUUCCUCAGAACUGCUAUGAAUUGCUUAUCUUGGACUGUCAUGAAUACUAAUUAUGCUGAAAAUGACAACUUUUCUCUAUAUAUUGGAAAAAUGUACUGCCUGUAAACAGACUGAUGCCAACACACAAAGACAGUUGUUUAGGAAACUACCAACAAAUUUUGUAAGUUCAGUUUAUCUGAUCACUAAAACCACAGUUACAUCUAAUGUACCCUGGAAAAUCUCUCAUACUUUAACGAAGUCAUGUUUUCAAGAAAUAAAAUAAAAUAAAAAAUCUAUGAAAAAUUGUAUCUCACAUUUUUUAAAAGUCUAAAAUAAAGGAGUAAAUUACACCUAG